CUUUCACUGCCGAUUCUAACCCUAACCCUAACGUUCUUUCGAUGGCGUCGUGUGACGACGAAUUCGUACUUAUCGGUGACGACAGCACCACCAACAGCCACCAAACAAACCCGCGUUUCCACCACCACCUCUCGACCACCGCGCAUUUAUUAGCUUCCAAGGGUCCCCCGUUUAACGAACUACCACCUCCAGGGGCAACACAUGAUGGUGUUCUACAAGCCAGUGGCGAGGGUUACAGUGAUCACGCGUUCGGUUCACAGCCUAUGGUGGUGGUUACCUACGAAAAUGAAUCCGAUCCAAACAGAUCUGGGAUUAGCGCUGCAAGAAACGAGAAACGUAGCGACUGCGAAGAUCUCAGCGACGGAGGAACGCCGUUUAGUUAUAAUAAGAAAUCGAAGGUUGCCGGUUCUUCUUCAGGCAACGGCGGAGAGUAUAGAAAGGAUAGAGAGGAGUGGAGUGACACUGCAAUCGCGUUCCUCUUAGAUGCUUAUCUGGAGAAGUUUAUGCAAUUGAAUCGUGGAAAUUUGAGAGUGCGGGAUUGGGAAGAGGUAGCUGCGGUCGUGAGCGAGAGGUGCGAGAAUCAAUCGAAGAGCGUAGAACAGUGCAAGAACAAAGUAGAUAAUUUGAAAAAGAGGUAUAAGCUGGAGAGACACCGAGUUAUGAACAACAAUGGCGGAAACACCACAAGCCACUGGCCUUGGUAUCAGAAAAUGGAACAGAUUGUUGGAAAUUCAUUACCCUUGAAGCCUGCGUUGGAUGAAGACAAGUCUGUAGGAGGAAUCAACAGCUCAGUUAGACAAUCCAAGAGAUACACAACUGCAACUUCUAGCCCAAAUAAUCAUCAAAUCACUAACAUGGAGCCAAAAUCAGUCACAAAUCCAAGAUGGCGAAGAGUUGUAUUCAAAAUCAGUGGCUCUGCUUUCACUGGAACUGAUUCUCAAAACAUUGAUCCAAAGGUAGUAAUGCUAAUUGCUAGAGAAGUAUCAAUAGCUUGCCAUAUUGGUAUUGAGGUGGCAAUAGUUGUUGGUGGACGAAAUUUCUUUUGUGGUGAUACAUGGGUAACAUCAAAUGGUCUUGAUAGAACUUCUGCUUAUCAAAUUGGAAUGAUGGCAACUGUGAUGAACUCGAUUCUACUCCAAUCAACAUUAGAAAAAUUAGGUGUUGUGACACGUGUACAAUCAUCAUUUUGUAUGCCGGAAGUUUCUGAACCUUACAACAAACAAAGAGCAAUUCGACAUUUGGAAAAGGGUAGAGUUGUAAUUUUCGGUGGGAUUGGUGCUGGAACAGGGAAUCCACUUUUCUCUACUGACACAGCUGCAGCUCUUCGAGCAUCAGAAAUUCAUGCUGAUGUGGUAAUUAAAGGUAGUAGCUUACAUGGUAUUUACGAUUGUGCCACUGGUGAGAGUGAGUAUGAGCACAUUUCUUUUAGGGAGUUUGCUUCUAGAGGUGUGGCUUUAAUGGACAUGAUGGCUGUGACAUUUUGUCAAGAGAAUGGAAUUCCUGUUGUGAUGUUUAAUCUUGAUGAGGUUGGAAAUAUAUCAAGAGCAUUAUCUGGGGAACAUAUUGCCUGUGGAUCUCUCAUUCAUCAUCAAGAUCAUCACGAUCUUGACGUGAGUAGUUCCAUAAUCGAAGAAGGUACAAAACAGGAUACGAAAUUGGUGAAUAGCGAUGAGUCAGUGAUCAGCAAUAGUCGACCCAAGAAAAGGAUUCGGAUAGAAGAUGUUAAAAGUUCGUAUUUUCGUCAACAGAGUGAAGAAUCGGUUGGGAACAGUAAUGAUUCGGGUAUUGUUGACGAUGAUGAAAAGAAAGAGGGUAUUCUGAGAAAUCGUCCAGGAAAAGCUCUUCGUGAGAUUAAGAAAUUGAAGGAAUCCGGGAAGAAAAGAAAAGAGUUUAAACCCAAGAAACGAAUACGAAAGGUGAAACCUUCUUCUGUGAGCCGCAGGUGCCUUCUUUCUUCCCUAAUCCAAAGAAAAAUUGUGUUAAGUGGUUCAAGAGUCGCUUAUCUUAACAGACUAGAUGAUCAUAUUAUGGCAUCCGGGCGUAUAUAUGAGAAGGGAAUUCAGUGUGAUUGUUGCAAUAUGUUUUUUCUGCUAAGCAAAUUCGAGUCUCAUGCUGGAAGUACAUAUCGUAGACCAUCAGCCAGGAUAUUUCUAGAUGAUGGGAGGUCUCUAUUGGAUUGUCAAACACAGUUAAACCUAGAAACCGAAGUUGAUACAGUCACUAAAUCUACAAAAUCAUCUGAUCAUGCGAUAUCUGGCCAAGAUGAGUUUUGUUCUUUUUGCAACGAUGGUGGUGAUUUAUUGUUAUGUGAUUCUUGUACUUCUUCUUAUCAUUCAUCUUUCAUUGGAUUGAAUGGAGUUUCUGAUUCUGAGUACUGGUUCUGCCCAUCUUGCUGUUGUGGGAUUUGUCUUCAAGGUCAUGAUCAUGACCGAAUUACGUGUGAACAAUGUGAGCGCCAUUUCCACAUUGAUUGCCUGAAAAAAGAAGGGCUUUCAAUGUCUUCUGAUGGUAAUAAAACGUUCUGUUCUAAAAAAUGUGAAGGAAUAUCUUCCGGCCUAAUGGGGAUUUCUGGCAUAUCGAUUCCAUUAACAACGAACAACCUGAGUUGGAGUUUACUGAAGAUGGUGAGUGAUGAUAACAACAUAAAGGAAGAAUAUACAGAAACUUAUAGCAAACUAAACUUGGCAUUAGAAGUGAUGAAUGAGUGUUUCGAACCUGUACAGCAUCCAUCGGAUUCACAAAAACUCUUUGUGUAUUCGUUUUUCGAUCCAUUCCAUCUACAACCCAUCGAGGUUCUUGAAACCCUAGAACGUAGCAACUAUGGUGAAGAAGUAUAA